AACUUUCCUGAAGUUAUGUUCUAUACGUUCUAUACAUUUUCUAUCGUUCUCUGCGAUGUUACAAUUGUUACCACAGGUCAGCGAGUUUGUUGCUGUUUAAUAUUAUGUCGUCUCGUAUUUUUCCCUGCUAAGAGAAACAAAUUUCUCGUAUAAUCAUUUGUUAGGCCUGCUAAAUAGGGGAAUUCGCGUAUUUCGGUUCAAUUGCAAGUUCGUAUAUGAAGUGAUUCAGAACAAUGAAUGUAAAUAUUAAUUGAAUUAUCAAAUAGGCAUCUUUUGCUAAUCCAUGAAUUAUAUAUAGUAGAUUAAACUAGUACUUCAAUGAAAACCGGUAGACGUGUAUGACAAUGGCGGCUGUCGAAGAAGUGUCUGAACUCGAUAACAGUCUAGAUCGUUUAAGUAUUGCUUCAGAGGAUAGUUUGAAUCGAUCAAAUACAGAUGAUGUUAUUAAAGAAGACGAAGGGUCAAUUGAGAAGUGGGGAUUUAGACUGAAAGAUUUGUAUCGUCUGGCCUUAAGAUUUUAUAAAGAGAAAGAGGGAAAAGCUGUUCAUCUGUCAUAUGAGGACAAAUUGAAACUUGUGGCCUACACAUGUCAAGUGAGUCAUGGAAAGUUCAACUCAGACACUGUGCCCGCUUUAGGAGUGCUUGAUGUAAUUGGACGGGACAGACGGUUGGCAUGGCAGACAUUGGGUGAUAUAAAUCAGGAUGAAGCAAUGACAGGGUUUGUUGAGUUGCUUGACAAGCUGUGUCCAAUAUUCAAACCUUUUGUGGAGGCGCACAAGUGGGAUGUGGAGGAACGAAAAAGAAUUGCCCGUGAAGAAGAGGCAGCACGCCAAGAGGAGGCAGCACGAUUGAGACUGGAAGAAGAAGAACGCCAGCGUGAGGAGGAAGACCGAGCCAAGCAGGAGGCUCAGAGGAGGCAGAUUCAGGAGGCUCUGAACCAGCAGACUUACCACCAGUUCAAGUCAUAUGCAGAACAACAGUAUCCAGGCAACCCUGAGCAGCAAGGGGUGUUGAUCCGGCAACUGCAGGAGCAGCAUUACCAUCAGUACAUGCAGCAGUUGUACCAACAACAGUGCUGUCAGCAAAAGCAGGAACCACUUUCAACCACUGAGGUGACAAUGGAUGAAACGGCCCGUCUACUGAGUAAUGGAGGGACAGAUGCUCUGGACAGGGAGAUAGAUAGCGAGGAAGAUGGUACUCAAGGUGAAUUCCCCACAAUUUCUGCAGCUUCCAUGUGGACCCGCAAAGAUAUCAAGGAGUUCAAGGAAUCUAUUCGGAAAGAGGGUGGAGAUGCCAUAAUCAAAGUGGGGCAUGGUGAGACAGUCACGGUCCGGGUACCAACACACGAGGAUGGUACAUGUCUGUUCUGGGAGUUUGCCACUGACAGCUAUGAUAUAGGCUUUGGGGUGUACUUUGAGUGGACAAAAUCUGCAAGUAGCCAGGUGUCAGUCCAUAUCUCAGAGAGUGAGGACGAGGAUGAUGAAGAUGAUGAUGACGAUGAUGAUGAACUUCCAGGUGAGGAUGUGGAACGGGGCAGUGGGCUGACAGGCACAAAGGUGACAGACAUGAGCAACCGUCCUGCAUUGUCCAUCAUUGUGCCAGUGUACCGACGAGAUUGCCAGGAGGAAGUUUAUGCUGGGAGUCAUGUGUAUCCAGGACAGGGUGUCUAUCUCCUCAAGUUUGACAAUUCAUACUCCUUAUGGCGUUCCAAGACACUGUACUAUCGAGUGUACUAUACACGCUGAGCAGAUGCUGUGGCAUUUGAUUCAAGGCCAGCCAUGGGCUAACAGUGCAGUGCUGGUGGGGCCAAAGGCUCUGCCAUUGUCAUUGGGGAGUUGACAAGUCAUGUGGUCCCAGUGUGAUUGCGUGCUGUAGGUGUACAUUUGUAAUAACACUGUUGUACAUACUGAUAAGUGUAAGACAAUCUAUGUAAUUCGAAAUAUUGUUCAAUAAAGGCUUUAUGAACUGAU